GUGUACUUCAUUUCCCACAACUCCUGUAGCCGUACUUCCUGGUUAGAUAACACGUAGCGUCACUUACCAAAGAGAGCUUCAGAGUAGCAAACUAGCGACAAAACGUGGACUUUUACCGAUUUAUUUGAUGUAUUUACGAUUGUUGGACACUCACGUUCCUUAACUUUGAUGAUAAUGAAGCCGCAGCGGCGCGUGUCGCUGUGUUUGGCCUCAUAUGUAGGUUAAUCUAUGUUACCAAGCUAAUAUUGGCAUGAAUAGUUAGCAAGUAAUUGUGUUGUUUACAAUUUUUUCAAGAUGUAUACUUUAUUAUCUGGAUUAUAUAAGUACAUGUUCCAAAAGGAGGAAUUCUGUGUUUUGAUCCUGGGACUGGACAACGCUGGGAAAACGACCUUUCUGGAACAAACCAAAACCAAGUUCAGUAAGAACUAUAAGGGAAUGAAUUUAUCAAAGAUCACAACCACAGUUGGCCUGAACAUUGGCACAAUCGAUGUGGGCAAAGCUCGUCUGAUGUUCUGGGACCUUGGCGGUCAGGAUGAGCUCCAGUCUCUGUGGGACAAAUACUACGCUGAGUCCCAUGGAGUCAUCUACGUGAUCGAUUCAACUGAUGAGGAGCGCCUGUCUGAAUCAAAAGAGGCCUUCGAGAAAAUGAUAAGCAGCGAGAUGUUAGACGGUGUCCCGCUCCUCGUGCUGGCCAACAAGCAGGAUGUACCGGACUGUUUGUCAGUGCCAGACAUUAAAACAGCCUUCAGUGACUCUGCCCCGAAGAUCGGCAAGAGAGAUUGUUUAGUCCAGCCUUGUACGGCCCUGACAGGGGAUGGAGUGAACGAAGGCAUUGAUUGGAUGGUGAAGUGUGUGGUCCGAAACAUUCACCGGCCACCCAGACAGAAGGACAUCACGUAGGAAGGCUCCAGCGCUGCUACCGCUGACUUUGGACUGCUGGUUUUUCCUUGAGGACAUUCCAUGUAAACCCUGGAGCUGAUACCCUCUCCUCUCUCCUUGUGUUUUGCUGUGACUUUGAACGUUUGGAUUUUGGCUUUUGGCUUUUAGGGGUUCAUUACAGACAGUGUCACAGGUUUUAUUUUAUUCUUUUAUCACAAAGCAUCAUUUCAGAUGUGCUUUGAAUGGACUCUGACUUGUUACACUGUUUGAAGAGGUGUCAUGACUUCUUCUGCUUUACAUGUGGGCAGUCUCUGGAGCUGGCUGGGGCUGCUGCGACAUUCGCCACUGAAGCAAAGAAGCAUCGGUUCUCAUGGGAAAUAUACAAAAUGGCAACGGGGGGGGGGGGGGGGUUCUCUGAUGGUUUACAGUAUCAGAUCAACUGAACAAUAUUUAGCUCACAUUUUUAAAGUCAAAGUUAAAUUUGCAUCCUCCACACUUUAUGUGUAAAGAAAUAUUAAGGAUGCUCUGGUUGGGCCGCUUCCUUGACAACCACAGAAAUAGAAUAGGAGCAGAACGGACAUUGAGAUGUUUUCCUUGGUCAUGUGACAGGGUCAAAAGAAAAAUUGACAUUGUUGUUUUGGUGACGGCACCCGUCAGGGGACAGCUGUUGUGAGUUGGUCGAGUAACGCAAGUUAGUUUAUGUGGAAGUUAUUAGCCCGCUUAAACGGUCGCAAUGGCAACGGUGCACAUAAAAAUGGCCACCACACUGACCUUUUGCUUUCUACUCCUAUUUUAUCUCUAUGGUGACAAAAGAAAGGGGGCAUGGCUAGAAGACGUGCAGAGGUUCAUACUUCAUGAACUUAAUUUUUUCCCUUUUUCAACACAAGUUAUAUAUAUAUAUAUAUAUAUAUAUAUAUAUAUAUAUAUAUAUAUAUAUAUAUAUAUAUAUACACACACACACACACCUGGAACAAAACGUUAAGAUCUCUUCAACUUGUGUUAAGCAGACCUUUUAUUUAUUUUUUAACUCAUUCAGUUAAUACUCCCCUUGUUAGUUUUGAAGCUCUCACGUGUCUGACAAAGGGCAGUCACUAACUAGUGUCUAAAACUAAAUGAGUCUACUAAAAGUCACCAGAACACAGCCUCGCUGUGGGUAGCCUGAUGUUAGCAUUGACUUCACACUUCAACAAUCUGAAAAGUGGUGUUCAUUUGUGAAGAUUAUCUUGCUGAACAAAAUAUGUAUGAUACAUGUUUGUUUUUCCGCAGAGUUUAUUUUCUGCAAUAAUCCAAAAUCUAAUGGAAACAUCCCAUUCGCUUUUUGUGGAGGGAACCAGUGCGAUGCUAACUUCCUGUUGGUCUCGGACAUCUCUGCAGCUCUCCAUGGUUUGUCGGUCCCUGCACAACAUUGAGCGUUUGGGAGGAGUUUGUGACGUAUGAAAUCAUAGAUGGUACUUAACAAAUGUGAAAAACAGGGUUAACUGUCUGUGUGGUAGUCGACAUUCAAGAGAUGCAACACAGAUGAGACAUAACAAAUCCUGCUCCCUAGUCAAAGCCAAUGUAGGGGGCACUGAAUGAGUUAAAUAUAAUAAAAGACUAAUUUAAUUUCUCUUCGACUUCAAGGUUUGAACUCUCCAAUCUGCACACUACCUGCUCAGCAUUUACUACUUUUCUUUACCUGUUGUCAUGUUGUUUCUAACCCCAAUCCCCUAAAACGCCUAACUUGUUGUGUUAUUUAUUCAUCGGGUUUUUGGCCUGACGUAACUAUCAGAUGAUGUCAUGAUGGAUAAAUGAGAGCACAUGGCUUACUUUACUUUGACAGGGUUUCCUGUGGCAGCUUUGCAGUGUGGAGAGUUCAAAUCCAAAUAAUGUGAGCUAAAAUAGUUUGAGUCCAACUCUCCAUGAAAAGGAGAAGAAACUGAACAGUUUGUUUUAUUUUUAUACUCACCUUUUUUGGUUGCAUAAUGUUACUGAUAGCACAAUGCAGCUCAUUGUAGCUCCAUAAUAAAGGGUCGACCAAUAACGUGGCCCUAAAGGUUGAUAGUGUUGCAUUUGUAAGACAUCUGUGGGGAGAAUUAAAAUGGAAACGGCUCAGAUAUGACAUGAAUACCUCUUGUCAGCUUGCUGUAAAACCAGCUGUUCCCUAAAGUUGAAGCCCACAUUCUCUCACUCAGCGCCAGAACAAUGCAGGUGUUUUCAUAAAGUGUAGAAUCAUCAUUAUCUAGCAAUCUGUUUUAGUUUCUUUAUGUUCCCCGUGUAUCCUUUGACUUCUUUAAAACAUUCAUAGUUUGAUCAAAACGUAAACAAUUUUUUGGGGGUUGAUUGACUUUGGAAAUAUGAAUGCUCAUAAUUGGACACUACAGCUGGGUAAGCGGGCAGGAUAUCUGUCACAGGAAUCCUGCCGCAUCACUUUAUACCAGAAGGGUCACUUGCGAUGUAUGAAGUUGUGUCCUCUGUCAGUCAUAUAUGGUAGGUGAAAAUAAUAAACUUCUAAUUUCAAAGGCA